UCGGCUCACAUAACCAUGAGAGAGAUCUUGGAUGCUGUGUAUGGACUGCUCAUCGUCCCUGAACCUGAAGAUCCACUGGACAGUAUUUUGGCAGAGGAAUUCCUAACCAGCAGAGAGAAUAUGAACAAGAGGCCAAGAAAAACACGGAGGAAACUGCAGGGAAUUCAUGAUGACAUGGAACAGAAAUUGGUCGGUGAAGAGUUGACGAAGAAGUUCACACCCUCACAUCUAGUUUGUCCGCUGACCAAGAAGAUGUUCAUUGAUCCAGUGAAAAACCAGGAUGGAACGGUUUAUGAGAGAAAGGCCAUUGAGAAACAUCUAAAAAUGCAAAGGACUGAUCCAAAAACAAAGAAACUUCUAAGUCAAACUGACCUCAAGUCAGAUACAACCAUGCAGAAAAUGGCGAGGGAGCAUCGCAAAAAGGAAUAUCUGGAGACAAGUGUUUGAAAACACAACAUGGCAGCCAAAAUGUAUGUCUUCCUGUCCAAUGCAUUUUUGGGAGAAA